ACGACUUCGGUCUCGAUAGAGAACAGACAGAGUGGAUUGAACUUUUUAGUCCAGAAGCGGAGAAUGAGCUUGUCGCUCCUCGGAGGCUAUUCUUCCCCAGAAGAAGAUGAAUCGAAGGAGGACUUCAAAUUCCACAACUCUUCGGACGACGAAGGCGACCAAAUCUACCACGAUUCCUCCGCUCCUCGUUCCUACAAAUCCGUGGUCGACCACUCCGUAGCCUCCUCUAGAUCCGACCUACCUUCAGCGCUCGACGCCUUCUCCGAAAUUUCAGGGCCGCCAGAGUUUCUGAACAAUUGUGUUGAAGACCAUGCUUCCUCAAUAGAUGGGAAAGGGAAGCAUGGCAGGCGGAAGAUCAGCAGGGAGAAAAAAGAUUUGCCUACUGGUGCUGUUGUGGAAGCAAAACCUCAGCUGGUUGGAGUUCAUGAACGAGUGAGGAGUGAUAUCGAGAGCAAUCAACAUGCAACGUUGUCUGUGCCAACUAUGACAAAUGGAGUAAAGCGUGCGCCUACUGCAACCAAUCCUAAUGCAGAGGAUGCUGCAGAGCUACUAAGGAUGUGCCUGCAUUGUAGAGUUCCUAAAACCUACACCAGUGUACGUGGAAUGGUCUGCCCAUUGUGUAAUGACCGCCCUCUGGCCCCUCUUGAUGAAACAAGCAAAGAUCUGAAAAAGAAGGGAUCUGCAAUCAAAGAUAAAGAAAAGAGCAAGAGGAUGAAGGGCCAAUCAUCUCACGCUACUUGGAAGAGUGAGACGGAGAUGCACCUUCGACAACAGUUUGAUUAGCUGAAUUUAGUAAUAUCUUGAGACAUUCCUGUUGUGAUGUUGGCGUGGUUUAGGAUUUCUAGGUACAAUAAUAUUAAUCAAUGCUGUCCAAGCAGAAAUGUUUACCUUUGAAGCUUAUGAAGCAAGCAUAAGUUGUUGUUAUCUGUUAGUUUUGUGGUGUUUUUCUAUUUAUUCUAAUAGAAUGCCCUGCUUUGUUUCGCUC